AUGAACAUAAUCAUGUUUAUAUUUACCCUAUCCCUGGCCUUGAGCAUUGCCCUAACCGCCCUAAACUUCUGACUGGCCCAAAUAACCCCAGACUCAGAAAAACUAUCCCCAUACGAAUGCGGAUUCGACCCACUAGGCUCCGCUCGCCUCCCAUUCUCAAUUCGAUUCUUCCUAGUAGCAAUUCUGUUCCUGCUCUUUGACCUAGAAAUCGCCCUCCUACUCCCCCUGCCAUGAGCCACACAACUCCAAUCUCCCACAACCACGCUAACCUGAACCUCCACCCUAAUCCUUCUCCUCACCUUAGGCCUAGUGUACGAAUGAAUUCAAGGAGGACUAGAAUGAGCAGAAUAA